AUGUUGAACAGUGCAUAUGCUGCUGUGUGUCUGGUCAGCUGCUGGUUGGUCAAUUCAUGGUUGCGCACCUGCCAGUCGGUCCAACUGCCAGCCAGUGCAGUUCUUGGCCUUGCCAAUCCCCAGCCCACCAAACUGUGGUUUGGUCACCCGAUUCUUGGGGCACCCAAACAAUCAGGUGACUGGACCGCAGUUUGGUGGACUGGGGAUUGGCGAGGCCAAGGACUGCCCUGGCUGGCAGUUAGACCAACGGGCGCUUCACAACCAGUAGGGCUGUCAGUCGCAGCGCUGUGCGAAGAUCAUCUCUCAGCGUCGUCGCUCAACGUCUCCAUCAUGUUGCCGCUCACCCUCAUCACAGGUGGGCUGUGGCCACGACAGGCCUACCCGACGGGGCUGUUUGAGGUUGCACUGGCCCUGCCGCAGACCUGGUCCAUCCUGGCCCUGCGCAACGUCAUGCUCAAGGGCAUGGAUGUGUCUGAGCCCAGCGUGUACCUGGGCAUGCUAGUGCCGGCUGUCUGGAUCCUGGUCAUUGGACUCCUGGCCGUCUUUGUGCUCGCUGCCAAAUACGCCACUUGACUCGAUCGCCAUCGUAUCACAGAGGAACAGCAGCAGUACUGUAUAUACUGCGAAUAUGCGGAUGCAAAUAUAAUGCAUGUACAGAUGUGUACAGGAGGAUCGACGACGGAUGACAGCAGAGGCAACAUCAUUUCCUUUUCAUCUACGGCGAUGUAUUCCUGCGUGAUGGAUACCAUAGCGGAUGAUGUACCUCGUCUACUAGCGUAAUCCGACUUGAUAAUUGAUGAUGUCAAUCAAUCAGCAGUUCAUCCCGCCGAUGUCUUUUUUAUUGUGUUCGCGCUAAUUCCGUGCGUACUGCCAGCCGACUUCUGAUUUUCCUGACCCUCCAUUUACAGGCAUGCAGUUCUCCAUUGGAAAAUGAACAUCUUGUGAAUGGGGCAGCACUCAUUCAUUUGCGGAAUAAUCCUGUAUAAUUCAUUGACUCCUAUUUGCCCAGCAUUUGCUGUUGCAUAUUUAUAUUACUCGAACCUCUUUUGCAUUAGCUGCAAUUAAUGCCCUCUGAGAUCCUGCCAUGAAAUCAAACAUAGGUAC